GCUCAGGUGUGAUUGUUCUGAAUAUACUCCACCUUAACCCCACUCCUCCUGCUGUGCGAUUGAGCUGCCAGGGAAGGGAGGAAGUUAACUCUGAGCCUGAAAAAGAAACUUUGGCUUUGACACCAAAGUCAAAAUGGGCUGCAAAGCCAAUUCAUUUCAGAAGGAGGCAUGACAGCAAGGGAGGACGGAUGGCAAUGGAAGGAGCUACAGACUUCAAGGCACUCCGAGCAAAGUUUCAAAAUGAUUCUAAUUUUUCCCGUACACUGCUGCAAUCUGCAAAGAAGCCUCCUACAGAAAUUAUACCACAGCACAGUACUGACAGCAGCUUCACAUCUACUCCCACAUCCAAACCCUUGCUCCAAGUGCAAGUUCCAACUUUUGAGCAAAAGGCUGAGCACAUCAAUUGCACGUUGCAGAAAUCUGAAGUUGUGCACAUGAAGCCUUUGGUGCUGCCAAGGGCCAAACUCUGUGAAUUGCCUGAAAAAGGCAAGAAUGAACACGGAAAAGACACAGACUUUCCAGGAACCCUUGGUGGAGGAAUUGGACAGGCAAUAAAUAUACCCAAACCACACCCAACAUCUUGUGGGCCUCAAGAAGGUUUGGUGUCAAACAUCCAUUUCCGCCAUACUCUGCAUAUUUGGGAAAGUGCUUCCUCUCUGAAUGACCAAAAGUGUUCUACGGUACCUCAGCAAUGUCAAAAUAGGCCAACCGCUCUGGCACGAUCAAGAACUACUAAUGCUGUAGUCACUGUAGAGAAUACAAUUAAAACUGCUGAAAACAAGAAAGCAUUGGUGCUUGCUGUACCAAGGAAAUCACAGAGUGAACCUGAGCUAUUUCCCACAACCUCGCCACCUGUUCCACCAAGGAGUCAUAUGAGCUUGGAGAAAGUUGCACAUGGAGCCACUAAAGUUACUGCUUGCCCCCCAAAUGCUGAUGACUUGGACAGGCCAAGCAAAACCUUUCAGUCUCCAAAUGAAAGGCAGCAUGAUGUUGAAGAGAACAAGUUUCCAAAACCGAAACCCCUUCCUUCUAUUGUUUCACUUGGUCCUCCUCCAAAGAAACCACCAAGGCCUCCUAAAGUCAGUAUCAGUAUAUUCCAGCGGAAUUCUCCAGAUGCUGUAGAUGAUGCAUACAUGACUCCUGAAACUACUGCAACUGAAGGACAGAGCACUUAUGAAGAAACUAUAAACUAUCCACUACAGCUAGAAAAUCGCAGUAACUCAUAUGUUCAAGGAACUACAUACCCUUCUAAGGCUGAGGAACAAGAAGAUGCAAAGAAGCAAAGGUUUCUUAUUGCCACACCAAGCACUGAAACUGAGGAUGCAAAAAAGAGAGGAGCACUCUGGGAGUAUGAAAUGCCCAAACAACAAGCUCAAGAAACAGUCAAGAUUGUUGGUCAUGGAGGAAUAUUUGCUAAAGCAAAAACCAAUGGAGGGAGUAGAAGUGGGAAUAACCUACCACAAGAGAAGAUGACAGAGCCUUUCCAUCUUCCCCGAGCCAUGUCUUCGGGAAAUUUUUCAGAUGGGUAUGUGUGCUUGGAAGCCUUGAAAGUACAUGAAGAAAAAGCAGCGCUGGGUCCAAGAAAUCUCCCACCAGUGUACACUGUGGAAGAAGUGUAUGAUGAUGUGGAGGGAAUCGUUCAAUUGUCUGAUACCUUCAACUCACUCAUUCCGGAGAGCUUUUCAGACGAAACAUAUGAGGAUGUUCAAAGUGAAGACUGCAAUGUAACAAAGCCGGACAAUGACAAAGUAGAAAAGCUUAAGAAAUUUGGAAUUUUUUUCAAGAAAGGGAAACUGAAAAUGAAAAAUGCAACCUUGAAAGAUAAUUCCUGCAACCUUUCCAGUUCUGUACCAAACCUAGAUGUUAUGGCCCAGGAAAGCAUGGUGUAUGAUGACAUUGACACAGAACAAAGUGAUACAAAAGAGAAGAAUGAGAUUCAUAAAACCUGGAAGUUAAAAUUCCUCAUGUCAAAAGAGAAGGAUCGAAGGAGAAACGGCGAUGAUGCAGAAACCCCUUCUUCCAAAAGCCUCUUAAAAGGCAAGAAAUAUAAUGUAGAAAAGAACAAAGUGACAAAAGAAGAAAAGUGGUUUAGAGAGAAGUUCAUGUAUGAAAAAGAAAUCAAUGUAAUUAAUACAGCAAUUGUACAAUGUUCUAAUAGUUUGACCAAAAGAGAACUUGACUUGCGUGUCUCAGCUGGAGAACAACUUGAAGUCAUUGAUAUUACUGAAGGAAAUCAACUAAUAUGUCGGAACUCUGAAGGCAAAUAUGGAUAUGUUCUAGUAGAACACUUGACUUUCAGGCAUUAGUGCAGUAUACCUGAAGCACAGCUAACAUUCCCUAUGAAGUGAUGUAUGGAUACAUGUGCAGAAAAUAAGCACCAGGAACCUUCUUUGUUUGGAAGUAAUAUAAUUGAGUCGCAAUCUAAAUGUUGAACUCUUCAGUAGCUCACAGUUUAAUGGGCAGCUGGCACAUGCUUGAAUGAUUGCCAUAGAACUGUGUGUGGUGGUGCUUCUAAACAUUGUAAGUCUAGUUGGUUAAUAUUCUUCAGAUUCAUGCUAUGUUAUAUGUGGCUUCAUAACUUCAAGUUAGAUGCUGGGAUCCAAAGAGCCCCUCCAUGUAUUGGAAGAUCAGUCUGCCUGAAUGAAUGAAUGAACUUUUCUGGUUUUGGGGCAGGACUGUUAUAGGCCGGGGGAGCCCAAAGGUCCCUGGGCACAUGCAGAAAUCACCUCACAUUUAUUUGGAUCAUGUUCACAAUAUUUACCAUUUUUGUACCAACAACUUGUACAGUGUUUUUGUUGUGGGGUAUGUGUGCAUGUGCACAUGCGUGCUCUAUCAAUUUUUGCAACUGUAAUUCUUGGCACUUGUUUUUAGACCUGUAUUGAGUCUACACAAAUUCUCAUGCGUAUUAGGUAUAUUAUGUUUGAGAUAUUAACUUCUAGAAGUAGAUGUAAAUAAAAUGAAUUGUAAAUUGGCGUUUAAUAAGACACUAUUCUAGAGGCACUGUUGCUAAGUGUAAUGUGUUGAAUAUUAAAUUGUAAGUUGCUUCAUACAAUUGGCUUAGCACAUAA